CUCUUUGGUUUUGACUUGAUACUCAUCACUCGGAUGGUUGCAGCCUGAUAAUGAACAGCAUGUAGAAUAAAGGACCAUCUCUAAACUUGAGGAGCACCUCAACUGUCUGACUGUUGAUCCAUCGCUCAGCAAUAUGGAUCCCAAUCAGACCAUUUUGUUAUUUGGAAACUCUGCGGCAGUCCAGUUUCAACAUGACAAUAUUCUACUUGGAGAAAUACAAGCAGAUACUGGAGAUGUAGAAAUGUCCUGGAUUGUUCCUUUCCAGAUGAAGAUAUCAGGACGUCGUGUCUCAGUGAUCAACAUGAUUGGCUUGCAUGAGAGUGCACUUGACCUGGAUCCCCUCACUGGUCAACUAGUGAGUGAAAAUAAAAUAAUCUCCUUCAUCUUUGUUGUGCGACUGGGUCAGCUAACAGACGCUGAUAAGAUGGGUAUUGAGUGGAUUCAGAGAGUAUUUGGUGACAGAGUUCUUCAGUUUGUGAUGAUUCUCUUCACCUAUGAGAGCGAAGAAGAGUCUGACUCUAUAAUAGACGAUCUGAAGGGAAAUUCUGCUCUGGAGCGGCUGCUGAAGAAAUGUGGUGGACGAUAUCAUACCUGCAGCAAGAACAUGACCAAACAGUCAGAGAUGAGAGACCUGAUGAGCAGAGUUGAGCAUCUGUUUAUUGAGAAUAACCAGCAGUACUACACUAGAGAGAUGUACAACACUGCGCUAAGAAAGAGAGAAGAUGUGCAAGACAGGAACACAAGAGAUCAAACCACAAUUAUUGAAAAGAGUAUGGACUACACCUCGACAACAGAGACAAGAGAGAGACGUGAGGGAGAGACGCGAUCAAUUGAUGGUGCAAGAUUGGAUCAAAGAGGAAACGGAAGGGGGGAUAAAGUAGAGCAUCUAUUUCACAGGCUUCAUCUUGAUAAAAAGCACCCCUUUCAACUAAGAGCUGCAGAUGUUCUUCAACUAACUAAACAUUCAUUAGAGUCUUAUGAGUCUUGUGCUGAGGAGGACCUGAUUCAGGCUUUCCUGAAAAAACUGCUGAUGAUGAACUACAGAGCAAGAUGCAUUAAAACUGAAGAUACUCAGCAUGACAGACAACAACUUAACAAUGAUUUAUCUGAUGAUGAGGGUGAUGUUGAUUUAUACAGCGAAAUAUCUCCUGAAGAAACCAAUAGAAAAGAUGCUAUUCACCCAAUGGAUGUCCAGAUGGCCGCAAUUUAUUAUGCUGACAGUUUACUAAAGCAGCUCAUGGUGACUAAACUAUCUCAGUGUCAGUACGCUCUGCCUCUGCUUGUUCCUGAUCCAUUCACACAAGAGAUUGAGUUUCCUCUCUGGACAUUCAGACAAAUCAACAAGAGCUGGAAGAUGAGGAACACGCACAAUGAAAUCAUCAGUAAAAUCCAACCAGUCUGGAAGGCAGAAACAUGCAUGGUUUCUUUCAUUAGGUUUGGUUCAUUGUCCUCAUCCAAAUCUCAGCUGAUGAACAGUCUGAUCAAUGAGAAACACAACACGUUCUUCCACAGGCACUGUCCAGGCAGCAGCAACACCAGAGUACUGAUGGAUGGAGUGGUGGAGAUCGCCUGGUACUGCCCCUCUGGGAAAGACACAGAUAAAUUUACUCAGUGUGUUGCGUUCUGUAACCUUCACGGUGAUGCAGGAGACCAUGAGAAACAGCUGGAGAUCCUCACUGAAAUGGCCUCAGUCAAUGUUGUUAUCCUACCACGACUUGACAAGAAUGACAAGAAUGCAGUAAAGAUCCAAAACCUGUUCAAGGACAAAAAGCCACUCAUUUUUCUUUGUACUGAGGAUGAAUAUAGUCUAACUCAAGUGAAGAAAGGGAAAUACAAAAUUGGACUUGAUAACAGAAAUCAAUCAGAUGUAUCUGAAGAACUCAUAAAAACUAUAAAUAAAUGUCUCUCAUCCUCAUCAUCAGAGCCAUAUUUUAUUUUCAGGAUUGAAGAUGUGUCCAAACACUCGGGUAUCAGAGUAGAUGAGGAUCAUGACAAUGACUGUAGAAGAGGGAAAGAAGCAGCACAGCAGAUUAUGAGUUUACUGAAAGAUAAAAAUCUGACAAAAAUUAAAGAAUCAUUUCUGCCCUGUCAGGGGAAACUGUGGCAUCAGUGGUGUGACAAAAACAAAGAACUACAUCGAUCUCAGGGGAAUGAAACAGACAUGGAAAUAAAACAGAAACAAGAAAUGAAGGAAAUCCGUAAACAGCAGCAUGCGCUGAACAUUGGUGGGUUCAUGAAUUUGUUUAUUGCAAAAAUUAAUUCACAAUCUCCAAAUGAGAAGACAUUUUUUCUGAAAUGGCUCGCAAUCUUCCUGGAUGAAUAUACCUCAGCUGACCUUUCUGCUCUACAUUAUAAGUAUAAUGAAAAAUGGUCAAAAGUCCGAGCUGCGCAACAGAUGACCAAUGAACACACAGAACUUCAUAGGAUAUCAGAAGAACUUCAAGCUGCAACCUUUGGCUUGGAGCACAUCCUGAGGGAGAUCGGUCAGAUCUAUGAAUCAUGUAAAUCAGUGAAUAGCAACAAGGAAGGCCUGCCGUGUAAUUUUACUUUCCUCCCGAGUCUUGCAGCAGACAUGAUGAUCUCUGGAUUUCCACUGGAGUUGAUGGAUGGAGAUGCUGCUCAUGUUCCUGUGGUCUGGGUUACUGCUGUUCUGCAUGAACUCAUCAAGAAACUGGGAGACAAGAGAGUCUUUGUGCUGUCAGUUUUAGGGAUUCAGAGCUCAGGGAAAUCCACUAUGCUGAACGCCAUGUUUGGACUGCAGUUUGCCGUCAGCGCUGGCAGGUGCACCAGAGGAGCUUUCAUGCAGCUGAUCAGAGUGUCAGAGGAGAUGAAAGAACAGCUGAAGUUUGACUAUAUUCUGGUUGUCGAUACUGAGGGGCUCCGUGCUCUAGAACUGUCUGGAAGGUCAACAAGACACCAAGACAAUGAAAUUGCCACAUUUGUUGUUGGUCUUGGUAAUAUGACACUGAUCAAUAUCUUUGGAGAAAGCCCAUCAGAGCUGCAGGACAUUCUUCAGAUCGUUGUUCAGGCCUUCAUGAGGAUGAAGAAGGUCAGACUGAAUCCCAGCUGUAUGUUUGUCCAUCAGAAUGUUUCGGACAUCACAGCUGGAGAGAAGAAUAUGGAGGGAAGGAGGCGGCUGCAGGACACACUGGAUGAGAUGACAAAACUCGCUGCUAAAGAUGAAGUCUAUGUUGCAGAGUGUUUUAAUGAUAUCAUUACUUUUGAUAUACAGAAGGAUGUGAAAUAUUUUGCACAGCUCUGGGAGGGAAGCCCACCAAUGGCACCACCAAACCCAUCAUACUGUGAGAACAUCCAAGAGCUAAAGACAAUGUUUUUUGACCAUGCCUCAAAAUCAGAUGGGUUAGAGUUGACACAACUAAAAGUUCGAAUUAAUGAUCUCUGGGAGGCUUUACUGAAUGAACGGUUUGUAUUCAGCUUCAAAAAUGCUCUAGAAAUUGCAACAUACAGAAAGCUAGAGACAGAAUACAGCAAGUGGUCCUGGAGUCUUCGCAGAACCAUGCUGGAAAUAGAGAACAAACUCUACAACAACAUCGAAAAUGAAACAAUUAAUGAGGUUUCAGAAAGUGAUCUUCACGGAAAACUAAAAGAGAAAAGUGAAGAAGUAGAAAAAUCAAUGUCAGAAUUCUUUGAGAAAGACAAAGAUAAAGAUAUACUGAUACAGUGGAAAACAUCAUUUGACAUCAAAGUUAAAGAGCUUCAGGAGAACAUUGUGAGAGAAACAAAGAGGAAAUUAAAUGAGAUUCUUCAGCAGCGAGAUAUAAAGAAAAAGAUUGAUGCUCAGAGGACGCGUUAUGAAAAUACCCUCUUGGAAAAGAGCAAAGAACUCGCCUUAAAACUCAAAGACAAAGCCAAUGAUGAAAAAAUCCUGAGAAAAGAGUUUGGAAAGUUUUGGGAAGAGUGUGUCAAGAAGAUUACCACUGAAACUCCUUCCAUCAAAACCAUUGAUGUGUUAAAAGACGUGAAACAAUUCCUCAGUAACUAUAAAAGUGUUCCUGUCAACGAAUGGAAGAAGAGAAUGGAUGUUUUCUCUGUGCGGCGUUAUUCAGAUUAUAUACAGUUCAAGAAAUCAAGUGGAAUUACAGGAUAUGUUACAAAUCCCUUCAGAUCAGCUAAACAGAAAUUUCAGGUUGAAACCCAAAUUAGAACCCUGGUCAAUGAGAUUGCUGAGCAAGCAGACAAAAAAAUCAUGUCGUUUAACAUUGCAAAGAUGGGCUACAACAAAACCUACAUUCAAGAACUCGUAGAAUAUAUCAAAGCCAGAGUAGAAGAUUAUGAGCAAGGCUCCAGGAACUUUGUGUUUACGAAGGAAUUUUACAUGGAUUUGAUAAUUUCCAUCUCUAAGAGAGAAAACAAGUUAAUUACUGACCAGCAUACAAUGUUUAGGGAAGCCAACGAUCCUGUUUUCUACUUUGAAAAGAAGAAGAAAGAGUACUACAGUAUUUUUCAGAAAUACUGUCAAGGUGCAACAUCAGCUGCCAUUUUUGGUGAGAUCAUCUGUCAGAAACUGAAAGAGCCCAUUCAAAAAAGUGUCUACAAAGAUACUGCCGGAGAUUUGACAAAUGAAAUUAAGACAAACUGUGAAUCUAGUUUCAUCAAAGAGGAAGUCAAUCGGUACAUAACUGAUAACUUCAGAGUCAGUGUUCGGCCCAAGAUGAAGGAGAACAUUGAAAUCCUGCAACAGAAGAUCAUGGAAGCGGCUCAUAGAGCAACUACACUGGUUAACACAACCAGCGGAGAUGUUCAGAAGUGGCUAAAUUACUUCACACUGCAGCUCUCAGAUGUGCUGAUAUUCUCUGUAAAGGACCUCAGUGGAGUGAGUCAAGAUGGUGUUGAUGAUUUCAAUCUUCUAGAAGUUGUGAUAAGUGAAGAACUUGGUUCAGUAUCAUCUGAAAUGCAAAAUAAAUUCAGCAAAGAGACAUUUCCAGAAAAUCUGGAACACAAGGACAGACCCGAUGAGAUUCUGAUUGAUCAUCUCUGUCAGUGCUGCUGGGUUCAGUGUCCGUUCUGUGCUGCCACUUGCACUAACACUGUAGAAAACCAUACUGGAGAUCACAGCGUUCCUUUUCAUCGGGUGGAUGGACUCAGUGGAUGUUGUUAUGAGGAAACAGAGUGUCUCAGUGCAGAUUUUUGCACAACAUUAGUGAGAACUGGUAAGAUGUUCUAAGGUCAGUGGAUUCCAUGUAGAGAAUACAGAAAUGCAGGAAAUGUUUAUGCAGAGUGGAGCAUCACCCCCGACUUCUCUGAGCUGCCAUACUGGAAGUGGUUUGUGUGCAGAUUUCAGAAAGAUCUGGAAGAAUACUUUGAGAAAACAUUCCACAGGUGGGAUGACAUUUCUUACGGAUGGAGCCAUUACUCAAAAGAGCAAGCUAUCGAGAGUUUGGAUGAUUACAUCUAAUGACAAAUGAAAAUGAGCCAAUUGUAGGUCACUAAUUCAUAGACCGCAGUUUGAAAUGAGUUUCUGAAAUUUAGGCUUUUCUGUCUCGAAUCUUCUGGGAUUUUUCUUCCUAUAAAUAACAUUCAAAAUGAUACUUCCAGUAGAAAGUAGUUCAAAAAUAGUUAUGUUAGGUAUUCAGCUAUUAUCAAAGAUUAAACAAAAUAUAUUAAUGUUUGUUAAUUUUUAAGAGAUUAAAAUUAUUGUAUUUGAGUGAAUAAAAUAUUGGUGGGUCACUAUCUAAUAUUGUGUUCCCGUAUUUAGAGUAUGGAAACUUCCUGUAUAUACUGAAAUGUAUAAAUAUUAAGGUUGUAGGGAGUAUAGCAGUAGCUAACAACAUUAUUGAGUAAAUGGUAACAAAACUAAAAUAAUAGCAUUUCAUGUCUGCAGUGUGCACUGGGACAUUUGACGAGUUCAAUGAUUUGCUUAAGUACCAUUAGUGUAUCUUCACUGAGUGUAUAUUCAUUUAUAUGUGCAAAUGAAAAUAAAUCAAAUUAAAUGAUUGCA